AUGGUGAUCUCAACGUACCAGGUGAAGCGCAUGGUGGUGUCGACCUACCAGGCCGCCAGUGGCGCGGGCGCGGCCGCCAUGGCGGAGCUCGAGCUGCAGACCAAGGAGGUAAGCGCGUGGGGCAAGGGGAGUUGGGGAUGGGGCAAGUGGGACAGGCAGGCGGGCAUUGGGUGGGCAGUGAUUGGGGGAAGGGACACGGGGAAAGAGAAGGGCGAUCAGGUGCUGGAUGAUGGCAAGACCACCACCACCAUGCCAUUUCCCCGUGCUAUUGCCCCGUGUCCACAUACCACCUUACAUCAUACCCCUCCCUCCGUGCGCUGCCCUGUCCCUGCCGUGUGUCUGUCGUACGCGUUCAACCUGUUCUCGCACAACUCGCCCAUGACGGCCAAUGGGUACAACGAGGAGGAGAUGAAAAUGGUCAAGGAGACGCGCAAGAUCUGGAGCGACCCCUCAGUGGCCGUCGCUGCAACACUCAUCAUCCGCGUGCCGGUGUUGCCUGCUGUCUCGCUCAAAAGGAGCGACCCCUCAGUGGCCGUGACAGCCACGUGCAUCCGCGUGCCCGUGAUGCGCGCCCAUGCAGAGAGCAUCAACCUCACACUGGAGGAGCCGCUGUCCGAGAGUCACCUGGCAGGUGUGAUGCGCGCCCAUGCAGAGAGCAUCAACCUCACACUGGAGGAGCCGCUGUCCGAGGUGGAGGCGAAGGAGAUUCUGAGCGGUGCAGAGGGGUUGUAUCUCAUUGACGACCGUGACACCAACACCUUCCCCACGCCACUUGAUGCAGCCCCUCUCUGUUUCCCCAUCCCAUCCCCAUGUCCCCCCCACUCAUGCUGCCCUUCUGUGUUCUCCUAUUCCCCAUCCCCACGUGCUGCCCGCCAGGUAUCCAACAAGGAUGACGUGGCGGUGGGCCGCAUCCGGCAGGACAUCUCGCAACCAGACAACAAGGGGCUGGACCUAUUUGUGUGUGGCGACCAGAUCCGCAAGGGAGCGGCCCUCAACGCCGUGCAGAUUGCCGAGCUGCUCGUCAAGAAGGCCGGUGCUGCGUGA